CUUGAUUCGUGUUGUGUGGAUGGAGCCGUCGUACUGUGAUCCGACGUCGCUGCCCCAGGUGUUUCGUCCAAUGAAAUCUCCAGUUGACACGGCGCUGCGAGCGACCACGGCAGACUCGCAUUUCCGACCGAAACCAACCGCCGAUCAUCGGGGAUCGGGGCAUCGACCUCCAGGUCUCACUCGAGGCCGACAGUCUCGCGUAGAGCCACCCACAAGCCGGGGCGCUAGACAGCCGGUGACGCCUAGGAAACCACCUCCACACCACCACCCCCACGCUCCUGUGCAGCCCAAGGACGAAGUGGGCAUCAUGUAUCCGUUUGCAAACGUCGCCGACGACGACGGAUCCAUGCAACGCAUCAUGUGGAACAAGUGGCACGACCAGUAUGCCACGGACGCCGUCGACGACAACUUUACCUCGUUUGCCUUAUACGGGGAAGUGAAGCUACAGGAAGCUCAAACGAUGAGCUCGUGGCUCGAGCAGCCCAACCAAUUUCUCACCGCCGUAGCAUGCACCCUUGUACACAAGUUUGCAGACCGCUUGGGCACGUCGGGCGGACUCUUGCGGCGGUUGUUGCAGGCGUUGAUGGCGGCGGUGUACGUUUGUCGACCAGCCGCUGACGAGCGCGAUGGCAGGGACGAUGAUACCCUGUUUGACCACAAAGUGCCCCACUUUCUCGAAAGCAAACGACUGCGACGGACGUGCUUGGAGCUCCUGGACGAAAACACGCGCAAACUCACAGACUCGUCGGUUCACCAAGUGGGCGUCGAAAAGAUGCAGCGCGUGAUCGACGGCACCACCAAAACGUGGAAGCGCAAGGUGCAGCGGCUGCUGUUUUACAACUGGGCGUACAUGGUCCAGCGGCGCCGUCGCAUUCGAACGUUUAUGGACCGCACGUUUCGCUACGAAGCCAAAGCCAUGGUAAAAAAAACCUUUCGGGUGUGGCGCGUGGAAGCGUUGCGAAGGGCUUACUACCGAGAGUCGGCCAACUACCAAGCCAUGCUGUCGGUGACUGCAGAAUCCCUCGGGCGCAAGGAUAUUCAACUGGGCGAUGCCGCCACCCGGAUGAAAGAGCUGCAAGUCCAAGUGGACCAGCUGACAUCCAUCAACAGCCAGCUCGUGGCCCGCAUUCAUGAGCUCGAAGCAGCGAACCGAUCGAUACGGGCGGGGAAUGCUGACGGCGGCGGCGCCGUGCCCGUGAGAGCCCUCUUCGAGCCCAUCGACACGAUCGCAGCCCCCACCUCCCCCGACGCAGAGGACGACGCCAAACUGAACAGGCUGCUGCUCGAAAGCCUCUUUGCCAUGGCGCGUAUGGUCGAGUCUUCUGUUAUCCAAAGCUCGAGCGAUGUCAUGGACAGUCUGCGCCACCAAACGGACGGCCAGGAGCUGAGGGAGUUGUCGGAACUCAUGUUCAAACAAUCGACUUUGUACGGAAAACAACAGCCGCAGCAGCACACACACCACGACCACCACACGAUUCAAAACCUACUUACGAAACCCAUCGACGUGGUGCUGCUCAACUGGAUGCGCCUCCAGCUCGACCGCAGCACCGCCACGACGCGCCCCCAAGACAAAGUCGUGCGCAACUUCUCCGAAGACCUCGCCGACGGUCACCGGUUUGCACUGCUGCUGCACCACUUGUACCCGAAAGCGUACGACGCCACCGUCGUGGGGGAAAUCGAUGUCGACACCCGCCUCCAACACAUCGAGCGGUUCAACCGAGAGUGCCCCCUGGAACAUGCGAUGGACGCGACGCUUCCUGUGGUGGUCACGGCCGAAUCCAUCGCCGGACAUAAAAGCCCCGAGAAUGUCGUGUUUGUCGCCAUGUUGUUUGGCAUGCACCAAGCUCACUUUGCACCACUCAACAUGGACAAGGCGCGCAAUGCGUUUUUGCAUAUUGUCACGUGCUGGAAAAAGGUGCGCACGAUCAUGCUCGAAGUGCGGCGCGCCACGGACGACACUCCGGACAAGGGGCUUGUGCUGAGUUUGGUGAAAGAGAUCAAGUCUUGUGAAAGCUAUCACAAGCAAAUGCAAGGCGAACUCACGUCGCUUGCUUGUACGUCCAACGAAGCAUCCACCGUGCUCACCAAGCUCACGCAUAAAAUCCUGUGCUUUACGUGGCGGCUCCUCUCCGAGAAACUCCAAGGCGUGCAAGAAGACGUCGUGGACGAGCGAAGGGCGCAAACAAUGCUGAAGUUCACGGUGGUUCCCCCCGUUUUGGUCCGAGACAUCAUUCUCAGCAGCCCCGACAGCCGCCGCACGUCUCUCACAGAGACCGAAGUACUCACUCGAGUCGCAGGCAUUCAAAAAGUACUCCAGCAAUGGUUCAAGGAACUCUGUGCGAUCUUUCGCCAUUACAGCAGCGGCGCACUGCGCGGCCGCGCCACGACAAUGAGCUCUGGAGAGUGGGCCAAGUUCAUCAAGGACUGCGCUAUUGUGGACAAAAAGGUCACUCAAGCCGUCGCCGAAGGCGUGUACUACCAAUGUGUAAAUUCGGACAGGACGACCGUGCAAACGACCACCGCGGCCAAGGAGAUGUCCCCGGCGAUGUUUGUGUCGGCGCUCGUGGUGCUGGCCGACAAGAAGUUCCCGCAAGUGAUGUUUGAAGAGCGAAUCCGUGAACUCAUUGAAAAGUGCGUGAUUCCGCAUGCGUGUCGGUCGCAGCCCGAAGUGUUUCGGAUGCUCCUGCAGACUGCCGACGUGCGGGGAGUCUACCAAAAGUUCAAGCAACCGCUGCAGCGGACGUUCAAGUACUACUCGAGUGUCAAGACCGACGAGGCGUUGAAAAGCUCCAAGCCGCGGUCCACGAUUGGACUGGUCGAGUUUAUCAUGAUGGUGAAAGACUGCAAGUUGAUCGGGUCGUACGUGACCGAAAACACGGUGAAGCAGAUCUUUGCGCUCGUGCAACGACACUACGAAGACGAGGACGACGAGUGGGAUGACAUGACUGCGAACGAAGAGCUUCAAGUGGACUACAUCGAGUUUGAAGAGGUACAGGCAGAAGAUUUUGCUGGCAGAGAGGUGGCGUGACUACAGAUGGGUGUAGGCCUUGGGCGCGUUGGCCGAGUACGUGAUUGCCAAUCCGUACAUACCUUACUUCAAGCGGCUGGAGCAGUUCAUCGGUGAUAUGAUCCUUCCACGUGCACGGCAAAAGAAGCCCAAAGGGUAGGCUCAUCAUGCCACCCUGGGAGUUCCAUCGCUUCUGCAUGCUGGUUCUCAUGGUCGAAGUGAUCAAUCCCUGCAUCAGCUUAGUUAAGUGCGGAUACAAAAUGAGCCAAUCAUUGACGCGUACUAUGCAUCCAUACCGAAAAAUCUAAUUUAUUUUAACCAAUGAAAUUGAGAGAAUCAUCA